CCGUGACUCAAACCGCUGUCAUGUGACGAAUGUUUUUGUAGAGUCGUUUCCGCAUUCAGUGGGUGAUUUUCGCCGUGUCAUGUGAACGCAAACCUUUGGAGUGAUUUAACUUCCAACUCCCUGGGAAUCUUUAUCGAGGUCCAGAGGAGUACCCGCCGCUCCAGAGCCCUUUCCAGCGGGUGCGCUGAAAGACUUGGGUCCGGGGCGGUCAGCCAUGGCGGACGAGGAGCGGUCACCGCUGCUUCCCGAGCAGCAGUACGCGACCAACGGCUUCUUCCCGCAGAGAAGCUCCGGUGGAUAUCCACAGAGUAUCGUGCCGUUCCCCAGCUAUGUGCCGCCCAGUGAAGCUCCGCCCCCGUACUCGCCCCAGGGCAGCCCAGACAGCAGCAGCGCCCCGGUCAUCAGCUGUCGGGUCUGCCAGACGGCCAUCUCUGUGGAGGGAAAGACGCAUCAGCAUGUGGUGAAGUGCAGCAUCUGCAACGAAGCCACGCCGAUAAAGAACGCUCCCGUUGGAAAGAAGUACGUCCGCUGUCCGUGUAACUGUCUGCUGAUCUGCAAAGUCACAUCCCAAAAGAUCGCCUGUCCACGGCCGUACUGUAAGCGCAUCAUCAACCUGGGACCAGUCCACAUCGGCAGCGACAGUCCAGAACCGCGGCGCCAACCCGUCGGGCUCAGGGUCAUCUGCGGACACUGCUCCAAUACAUUCCUGUGGACAGAGAUUUCAGACCGGACUUUGGCCCGAUGUCCACACUGCCGAAAAGUUUCUUCAGUUGGGCAGCAGUACCCGAGGAGGAGGAGCUGGCUGUGUUUCCUGCUCUUUGUUGUUCUGGCAGCAUCCACCACUGGACUUUUGGUUGGUACGUGGAAGCCGGCGCAGCACUCAAAGGGCAUCUACGUGUCGUGGGUGCUGCUGAUCGUGUUAGCUCUUUUUACCUUGAUAAGAGCCAUGUACUGGAGGUGUUUUAAGAUCAGCGACCCCAUAUCCAACAUCACAUAGACAGACCGUUCAGGAACUGAAAGAGGGAAGUCAGUUCCUGUCGCAGAUCAAGUACAUGAGCAGGAGCACACAAGACAAGUGGUAAACGAUCUGAGAGUCGGUGUGGUAACCGUGAAAUGACACAGGAAGGGAAAACUAACUGAAUUUAGAGUAAUUAAAAGUAUCUUUCUUGUGCUAUACUGGGAUUAAAGAAAUAAAAGCUGCUAGUUGUCCAAAAACAACACCGAGAUCUUGUUGAGCAUUUUCUAUUUUACUGCCAUCAUCAGGUUUAAAAAGUAUUAAAAUAAAUAAAUGAAAGGAAUCUGAACUACAAAGCAGGAUCAGCAUCGUAGUAAAGUAACUUCAGGCGUCUUAGAGCUGUUUUAUGUGAGCUAGUUCACUGAAAACACAAACUAACUUUUUGGUUUCUCAAAUGUAAUCAAAAACUUCUCAUCAGGUUUAUGUUUAAUUCUCCAGGAUCACAUUGUAAGAAGAGCGUUUAUUUACACAAAUCAGUAUUUACCUCACUAUGUCUUAGAAUCACAAACUUUCUCUAUGAAAUCUAUUCUGUUGGAUUUGUAACAGUUUUACAUGUAAUGUAACAUAUAACGUUUGUAGUUUCAUUUUAAACCUGCAGUGUGUAACUUAUAAAAAAUAUUUUUUUAUAUAUAUUUGUUGAAACUGUCAGUGCUGUCAAUCACCCUCUGUGUGGCGCUGCUCUUCUCCUGUUUGCUCUCUGCUACGCCACAGCUAGCAUAGCCUGUUGUGAAUGCUGAGGGCCACUGAUGACGGUGGAUAAACAUUUUCCUGUAACAGGAAGUUGUUUUUCCACCAUUAGAACAUUUAGCAGCUCUUUUACUAGUUGAUUGACAGCGCUAAGACCCUCCUCCUGACUCUGACUGCGUUUUUUUGUCUUGGUGUAUUUCUUCAGACGCAAUGGUAGAACUAUCUUUUCACAGAUUAUCUGUCUCAUAUUAAACAUGGAGACAGUUUUAACAAAUAUGUAAAAACAUAAUUUUAAAUAAGUUCCUGCAGCUUUAAGGACAUUCUUUAUUUUCUGAAGCAUUUUAAAGACAAAUUAACACUGGAUAACUGCACUUCUGGCAGGUUUCAUCUUAAUCAUCUUAAAAGAAUAUUUAAACCCUCCUUUAAGCAAAUUAAUCCAUUAAAAUAACAUCAAAUAUCAAAUCUACAUGAGAUUUAGGGAGAAAUUGAUCAUGAAGUUGAUCAGUUUCACAUUGUUUCAUAUCAGGAUUAUCUCUUUUUAAUAUGAACUCAUUUGGGAUCUAAUCCCAACUCCAAGUGAAAAUAAAAGAUGGUCAAAUCUUCUCAAAUCUCAGCUGUUCGUGUUAAUUAACUCAGUUCACCUGAAGAUACUUUAAACCUGUUGAGUCUGCUUUGUGGCCCAGAGUAGUAGAAGUAGAAAUAUUCCUCUGUUCUGGAUGAAUCAGCAUUUUUGUUCUGCCAGAUUAUUAGAAAAUAUUAGGAAAAAUGAAAUGAAAACAGGAACUAACUGAUGUUUUGCUGAACUGUCAUGUUUGGACAUAAAAACCCGUCAUGAUCAAGAGUUUAUUUGAUGCCAACACGAAUACAAACUUUUGUCUCCUGAUGGAAACAUAUUGAUGAUAAGUUGAUGUUUUUGUGCUGUACUUUUUGCAGGGAGUUCAUUUAAAGUAUAAAUGCUCUUACAGAAACCAGUUGGCAUAGAAACGGCUCUAAAAUCGAAGCUUAAAUCGACCCCACUAACGGGAUAUUAAUGUGUUUUUAUUGUCCAGUACAGAGUUCAGGUCUAGCACUGGGGCUGAAAAUGAAAAACAUCUGAAGUUGUAUAAAGAAGAUGAGUUGAUUUCUUUAAAGAAAUAGUCAAACUUGAAGUGAUAGAUGAAGGUUUUAGUGAUUUAUAGUUUCUUCAAAAACAAGAAGAUGCCAAGAAUGUUUUACCUCAUGAAGCCUAAAUGGACAGAAAAUUUAAAAUAUGAAGCAUUUGAAGAAACGCGUUUCACGUCAGCGGCAUUGUUUACUUUAUGUAACCAUUUAAAUUGAUUUAUUCGCAGAUUAGAAGGAAUAAAGUAAGAUCUCGUUUUGUUACCAAUGAAAGGCCUUUGCUCAGUUUAGUGUAAAAAUUGUCUUAAUUCAGUUUAUUUAAUGUGUAAAUAGGAAGGAUAGUUUAUAGGUGAAUGAUUUUGGGAAUCUUUAAGUUAAUUAUAACUUCAUGUUUAUUAGCAUGUUAGUAGCAGAUUAAUCUCAUACAGGGAUUUUUGAACAUAUUUGAUUUGUAGUUUUUUUUUUUUGUUUAUCCAUAAAAAUCAAACUUGUCAUAUUUUGAAAGGAAACUGAUCUGAAUCUGAUUAAAUCUAAUGUGUGGAAAUAAGUGCUAAUGUCUGUGGAAAUGUAAAUAUUUCAGGAGGUUCUGCUGCCCCCUUGUGUUUGAUUAAUGUAUGUACCUGCUGACUGUGACGUUGCACUACAUUGUACUGAAGUUCUACUGUCUGGUUCUCACUGUAUUUUUGGUGGAUGGAUGCUUUAUUUUGUACAUCGUGAAACAAAGUAAUACCUUUAACAAA